CUCCUCGGCCACUUUGACUUUGUGUACGCCGUCCCGACGGCCUACUUCCUGACGCCCUUCAGCGCCAUCUCGCUCGUGUGCGAGGGCGGCGCGAGCCAGGCGCUCGUGCAGCGCAUGGGCCUCGGCAAGGCCAACGAGGCCCUCCUAUUCGGCAAGAAGCUCUCGGUCCAGGAGCUCCUCCCGAGCGGCUUCAUCAACGGGCUCAUCGACGUCAAGGGCGACUCGAACGAGUUCCGCACCGAGCUGUUCAAGCUCCUCGACCGGCAGCUCGACGGGCUCCAGCUUGACGCGAUCGUCAAGUCCAAGGCCCUCAUCCGCGCCGCGCUCCCGGACCCCGAGCCGACUAACGUCCGCGAGGUGUUUGCCGGCGCCGAGCGCUUCGCGACGGGCAAGCCGCAGGAGCAGUUUGCAAAGCUCGCGAACAAGCAAAUGCGCCACAAGCUCUAG